GCAUUUCGUGUGUGUUCAUAUUAUAUUUGGUCAGUUUAAUGGUAGAAUUUGAAUGGAUCUUGUGAUUUGUUUUGCUUUGUUAAAAAUCUUAAUUUUGCUUUGUGAUAUUUUGUUUCUUUUUGGUGCAAACUUUUGGAAAGUUGUAUAAUUUACGAAUUUACGAGUUUUUUUUGUUCGGGGAAAAAAAAUGGACAACAUUAAUGAUAUUCAUGAACAAUCUGCCAAUAUGACAACUGAUAAUCAAAUACAAAUUAGUCCAAAAAGACAAGAAGCAUUUAUUGAAUUUAUUCGUUCUAUGCCACGUAUUUGUUCACCAACAAUGUUUGAAAUAUCAUCAACAACAUCAUCAUAUAAACGUAAUUCAUUAUUAAGUCCAAAUGUUUGUUUAAAUAACGAUGAUAAUGAUAAUGAUAAUCAAAUUGAUUGUCAACUUGAUUGGUCUAUUGAAGAAUAUUCGGCUUUUUAUGGAAAAGAAUUUUCUAAUCAUCAUGAACAAGAAGAAUUUGAUUCAUUACUUAAUACAACUGAUUUAAUUUUGAAUGAAUUUGAUGCUGAAAAUAGACAAUUUUUUUCUCGAGAUAUAAUUAUUCCAUCACCAAUAGGACCAGUACCGGCAGCAUCAUCAUCAUCAUUAGAUAAUAAUCGUUUCAGUGAUAAUGAAAAUAUUUCACGUAAUACUGGAUCAUUUAUACGUUGGCUAGAUAAUAUACCAUUUCAUUCAACUGGACAAUCAUCAUCAAGUAAUCAACAAUUUUUUGAAUCGGCUAUUGUUAUGAAUGAUAUUUCAAUGAAAAAUGAAACAAACGAUGAUCAUCAUACAUUAGGUUGUGAACAACAAGAAAAUGCCAAAAAUUCUUUCAAUAAUAAAACUGAUAGUGAUUUUGUUUCGAUGUCGAAUAAUCAAGAUGAACAAGAAUCGAUGGAAAUUUCAUCAAUAAAUGUUUAUUCAUCUUCUGCAGAAGGACAAACAAAAUUAUCAUUUAUGGAAACAUCGAUGAAAUGUUCACCAAAAACUUCGAAAUAUCGUUAUGAUUUUGGUUUCAAUAAUAGUGGUGUUGGUUGUGGAAAUUUUUCACCAAUGCUUUUUCCAAUCGAUGAUAUUGGUAUUAGUCCAAUAACAAUGACCCGAACGACACCAACAACAACAACAACAACAAUCGAAAUGAAUAAAGAAAAUAUUUCACCAAUACAGCAACAAAUAAAUACUGUGAAAAAACGUCCAUUUCUUCAUCAUCAAUUCGUAUCAUCAGGAUCAUCAACAGUACAAUUCAAUCAUCAACAACAACAAAAUCAAUGUCAACCAUUAUCAUCGAUUAUGGAUUCCGAAAAAAAUAUUGAUGAUCAUUUUAAAACACCACAAACAACACGUAUAAGACGUUCAAGAAUAUCACGUGCAAAAUUAUUUUUUACAAAUGAAAUUAAUGCUCAAUCAACACCGAAUAAUCCUAAUCAACAACAACAACAACAACGUUUAUCCUGAUCAUUUAUCGUUUAUCAACAUUCAACAUAUCAAUUCAAUUCAAUUUGUCUUUAUCUGUUUUUUAUGGUUUUGUUUCUAUUUUAUAUUUUAUUAUUUUUUUCUUAAAUAAUUCCAUAGAACUUAGGAUUGUUUGAAUUCAACUCAAUAAUACCAACUCUUCUCUCUUCACAACAUACACAAAUAACA